GUUCUGGGCGGAGAGCAUCUCGAGGUCUCAGUCAUUCGAGGUGGAGCCAGACGCAGAAGCGAACCGAAGCGCUUUAAGAGGCGACGGACGGAUCCGCUUCCCUGCCAUGAUCUGACCUCAGUCCAGGUCAGUGCUCGGGAAGAGUCCGGGAGUGUGUCGUGCUGAAGAACCCGCGGGAGUGUGUCGAGCUGAAGCGCAGAAGCCGCAGAGCUCCUCAGGUGGAAGACAACAACAUCAUCAAGAUGAGCCAGAAAAGAGGACGGACACGAUCACAGCUCCUGCCUCUUCUGCUGGUGUCCAGCAUGUGUUUUGUGAGUGCCGAAUACUCAAGUUGUGGAGAAAAUGAAUUUUACAAUUACACAAUCAGCAGCUGCCAGCCCUGCCCACAGUGUCAGCCGGGACAAGAGCCGUACAUGAACUGUGGUUAUGGCACUAAAGAUGACGAUUACACCUGCAUCUCCUGUCCGGCCGGGAAAUUCUCCAAAGGCAAAUACGAGAUCUGCCGUCGCCACAAAGACUGCGACUCGCUGUACCGCGCCACCGUCCUGACGCCGGGGACUCUGGAGAGCGACGCCGAGUGCGGACCGUGUUUACCGGGGUACUACAUUCUGGAGAACCGUCCUCGUAACAUCUACGGCAUGGUGUGUCACUCCUGUCAGAACGCUCCUCGAAACAUCAAAGAGUGCAUGCAGGCGACGCCGCCGUCCUCGGGCCGAGCUCCCAGCCUGCCGUCCAGCAGCACCACCGUACUCCCACACGCAGAGAAAGACCCAACAGGACAGGGUCACCUAGCAACGGCCCUCAUCAUCGCCAUGUCAACCAUCUUCAUCAUGGCCAUCGCUAUAGUGAUGAUUAUUAUGUUCUACAUCCUGAAGACCAAACCGAGUGGACAGGCAUGCUGCUCUGGACAGAUAAUAAAAACCAAAGAAGCACAAACAAAACAAGAAGAUAAAAAGUAAGCUCAACAAAACGUGGUGAUCUUUGCAGAAAAGGAUGAAUUUGAUAAGCUCAAGCCUUCAUCUCCAAAAACAGCAAAGAGUGAGAACGACGCGUCAUCAGAGAACGAGCAGCUGCUGAGUCGCAGCAUCGACAGUGACGAGGAAGCAGCUCAGGACAAACAGGGAGCCGCUGACCUUUGCCUUCUGUCUCUGGUGCAUCUGACGCGGGACAAGACCUGCUCCACCAACACCAACACCAUCAGCAACAACAACAACAACACCAGCAGCACCACCAGCACCAGCAGAGCCACCGGGAUUCACAGCAGAAGGAAAAAGAUCCUGGAUUUGUACACAAAAGCCUGCAGUGUUGCGGAGGGUCUGAGUCCGACCGAGCUUCCGUUCGACUGUCUGGAGCGCAGCAGCCGCAUGCUCAGCGCCACCUACAGCACAGACAAGGCAGUGGUGAAGACGUGGAGGCACCUCGCCGAGAGCUUCGGCCUCAAGCGUGACGAGAUCGGAGGCAUGACGGACAGCAUGCAGCUCUUCGACCGCAUCAGUACAGCGGGAUACAGCAUCCCGGACCUGCUGACCCGUCUGGUCCAGAUCGAGCGGCUGGACGCCGUCGAGACCCUCUGCUUCGACAUUCUGGGCCCCGAGAACAGCGUCCCUCCGUCCAGCCACCAUCCCAAUCUCAGCUCCCGCUGCGCCAGCGUCUGACAGAACCCACCCAGACCAGGGCCUCGUUUAUCAAACCAUCCUAACCCAGGUUAAAAAGAGAAAAAUGUGCUCUAUUUAUGUUUUGUACAUGAUAUACUAAAAAUGAUUCUUUAGUACUUCUUAAGAUAAUAUACGAACAUGAACUAAAAUGCACUUUUAACUUACUAUGUAUUUAAAAAAAUGUAUUUAGUCACUACUUGAGUGUACUAGUGUAUGAAAGAAGGGUUCAAGUGGUGACUAAGUACAUGUUUUUAAAUACAGAUACAGUAGAUAAUUCAUAUUCAUUUAUUAUCUUAAGAAGUAUUUUUAGUAUAUAAUGUACAAAAUUAGUACGCAAAAAUAGAGCACUUUAAGUACAUGAUGGAAGUGUAGAUCUUACGAUCAUCUCUCAUAUAAACACACGCUGACUCUCUCUCAGAUGUGAGAUCUAUGAAUCACAGAUGAUCUUCUUUCACAGGUUUCAGCUCUGUGUCUUCUAAACGACUCCUAGUUAAUGUCAUUAACAUAAAAGAUCACCAGCCAUCCUCUAAAUCCUUCAUUUAGAACAGCGAGCUGACAUUUCUUCCGACAACUGAUAACUCACAGCCUGAAACAUUUCUGCGUGUUGAACAGACUCAAGCUGGGGUUUUAAGUGCAGUCAGGAGCGUGUUUUAUUCUCAGUGUUUGGUUACAGUGAGCGUCUGCUCUCUUCCUGAAGAAUCUUACUGAGUGAGUUAAACGCUCUAAAUGUGCAAACAACACAUCUGUUUCAAGGCAAGACGCUCAGGGUUAACGAAUCGAUUCAUCAGCUAAUCAAUCACAGAACAUUAAAACUAAACGUUUUCUGAAAAGUUAUCAUUAAAUAUGCAAAUGAGGCAUUAUCUAAUUAAAUAUGCACUAAUUUGCAUUCAUUUCCAGAACAUAAAUCUGAACUAAAGUCAGGUUCAUAAUGCUGGUUUCAUUUUGUUGUCAUAUUUCUCUUUUUAAUCACUCCAUAAAUCAGAAAAUACUGUCAACAAACACAUUUUCUCCAUGUUUUUAGGAGUGAAAUGUUGUAUAAAUCAGUGUGAAUGAAAUAUGAUCAAACCUUCAGAAUAUAGAGAGCAAUAAAACUGUAAAGUACGGUGUUUGUGAGAGAAAAACUUCUUAAAGAACUGAAAUCUACAGGCGCAAACAGAUAAAGUGCAAUAAAAUAUACACUUUAAUGUGUAUUUGGGAUGCUUUCUUUGCACUAGUCUGAAAGAAAACAUGUUCUGGAAGCAAAAUAGAUUAAAAUCUCUAAAUGUACAAGAGCAAAGUGAGUUUUGUUACUGUUGUACAAUAAACCGGUUCUGGUACUGCGACUAGAACAUUUAUUUU